AUGUCAAGCCUAGAGAAAGGCGAAGACCUCAAACGCAUCUCAAUCAAUAGCGCUUACUCGCCUACCGCAAGUGUGACUAUUGAUAUCCCCGUAACUACCAUUGUUCCGAAUAAGCGAAAAACCAGUCCUAUUGCAGUUUCCCCGUCUGGAAGUUAUGUUGCUUUAUUUGAUGAUGGAAAAGAUUCGAUAAGUGUAUGGAUGAUGUCGAAGAAUGGACUUGAGCCGGUCUCAGAAGUAAAUGUGAAUUCUAGUACUAAUUAUCAAGGCUUUGCCAUUUCCGAUUAUGGGUAUCUGGCAUCUGGUCACGACAAGCAACAACCGCAACUUGAGCCCGAUUUAACUACUUUGAGGACCAGCUUUGCAUUCUGCUACACUUUCCUCCCAUCUGGUGAAUUCGUUGUUGUCAAUGACCUUGGGAUUCAUCGAUACUGCUCGGAAGGCGAUCAAUGGAAAGACAACGCAACAUCGUUUGAAUGGUCAUCUGAGACGGAAGAAGCUGUCGACAGGCGGACUCGUCGCAGGCGAGUUCAAUAUUCGAUUAUCAACAGAAAGCUAAUAUGUGCGUAUGAUGACCACUUGACACAAUGGGAUCUCGGUAGCGGAAAGAUGGAGAUGGAAUAUUACCUCGAUAAUGCUGCUUCUCUACAGGAAAGAAGACACAACGAAGAGAAUUACAUUAUUGCAAUAGAUUCUAAUUCAACCUUAUCCGCGUUAAUAACGCAAGACGAUGAUUCUCAGAAGCUGACAGUGUAUUGGGUGCAAACAGCACUUCCAAUGGCGACAGUGCAAAUUGUCAAUGACGCUGACGACUGCAUUGUUGCAAUGGAGUUUAUAGAGUCAUCGUCUUGUAUAUUGUUGGCGACAAUAACAAAAAUGGGAAAGGCUAUGUUAUGGAACCCACACGGUCUGAAAUGGAAUUCUCCUUCUGGAGACAUUGGUGAGCCAUUGGACACAUUCAAUCUUCAAGAAUACAGCAAGCUUACAGAGUGGUUGCCUGGUCUUACCUUUACGCUUAGCAGAGGAAUAAUAUUAACUUCGAUAGAUGGUAUCCCAACUGUCUUACAUAUAUUAACUAAACAUAUUGAAAAUUAUCGAAACAAUUUAUUUAAUGCUCCAUUGAAAGCUACUCUCAUUAGAGAUCUCGUAACUAUUCACUCUGACAAUUUAUCAGAUACACAUAAUCUAAAUGGAAGAUUUCUUCAAUGGACCAUCAGCCGAAGAACUGGGCUUCGUGUUUACAAAGACUCGUGUUUCGUCUGUUCGAUUACCGCUCAAAAGUUUGAAUACUUUGGAUGGGUAAAAAACUCGACCAUUUUGGACAAUGAUGAGUUGCUGGUACUCACUAAUAGAUGUCUGUGUAUAUUCUUUCUCGAUGGUAUUAAUGAUACAAUAGAAAUAAGUUACUACUGGGAUGAUGACAGAUGGCCUGCCUAUAGGCCCAAAUUUUCCCAAUUGAGCUUGAUCAAUGCCUUGGAAAGGAAAGAAGGCGCGAUAUGGUGGGAUCUGCUUUUUGAAAAAUACGAACACGCUAGCGGACCGCUGCCAUCACCAAGCUUCAAAAGUAUUUGGUGGCAUAAGCAGAAUGCCAUGGAAGAUAGUUCCAUGCAACGAAUUCGUAUUUUUAACAACCUUAUCCGAAUGCUGACAAGUGAAGAAAACCUGGCCAAGUACGGUUAUAUAUUACUCCCAGAGGCAAUUAAACAGCACGAUGAUGUUAUUGUUGAAACUAUAGUCAGGACUUGUAUUGAUCUCUUUUGCAAGAACUCAAUUAUGUACAUUGGAUUGUUGCAGAUAAUUACUGCAUCUCUACCAAAGCUGUGCGAGUACUAUCCUGAUCAGACAGCAUUCUAUUUUUCAAAGAUACGCUUGAUUCUGGAACCGCGUUGUCAUUCCAUAAAUCGAUUAAAGUUACCUGCUCGCCAUCUAUACGCAUUUUCACGCAGGUUUGGAAGACCAGACGAUUUCAGUUAUCUGGAUACCUCACAAGUACCGGAAGUGACAUCCACAUAUUUAGAUCUGUUGUUCAAUGUGCAGCAGUUAGUCUCUCCGCUCCAGAGCAAUAUCUCACUGACAAUUAUAUGGUUACGAUAUGCAGGGCUCUAUGCUUUUAUAUACAUUCGUAAUACGCUAAUAACAUUUAUGUAUAGAAUUUUAAUCCCUAUUACGUACAGUGUAAUACGCGUUAAGAGACGUUCCACUCUAACGCUUGUGGUUGGGUUACCAAGAUUCUGCGCAUACCCACCAAAUUACUCGUUCUUGAAAGAUUUCCUCUUCCCAGCAUCAAGCCCGUUCGUAACAAGCACCGUGAGCGAUAAUCGCGACUUGUUUAGAACGUGGGAUGGAGAAGCAUUGAUAAAUUUCAAAUGGCAAACAUUUGGCUUGUAUUACUACAUAUUUAUCUGGAUACAGUUCAUAGCGUUGUUUGUAUGCUUUGCAGCUACGAUGACAGAUGGCGAGUCCGCCCUAGUUGAUAAACCCACAAAAAGAAACCUAGUCUUGGCAUCAGCUAUACUUACAGUAUGGCAUCUUCAUUUUGAAGUCAGGCAAUUCAUUUGGAAUCCAGUAUAUUAUGUUUUAUCUCCGUGGAAUUGGAUCGAUUGCGGUGCAUUUGGUUUCCCUCUUGUUACUUCCUUGUUUUUUCUGCAAGGGUAUGAUGUGCCAAGAUGGAUGUCAGCAUUUUCCAUCCUGCUCCUUUGGAUGAAAUUUUUACUGUUAAUUCGGCCUUUCAAAUAUUUUGGCAUUUACAUAGCAAUAAUCUUUGGGGUUGCACAGCAAGUCUUUUCCUUCUUGGUGGUUCUUGGAAUCAUGAUCGUAGGCUUUGCUCACGCAUUUUUCGUAUUGCUGAGACCCAUGCCGAAUUCAUCAUUUAACACGCCACCAAGCUCACUAGACGGAGAAGAUCCAAAUGAUCCGUGGCAGCUGACACCGACUUAUAGCCAAAUGUUAAACAAUGGUACACUUGUAGAUGGCGCGACACUGAUUCAGGAUCCAGAUGCAAAUACUAAUAUGUACUCGUGGUUCGGCUCCUCGCUCUUGGGAGUAUACAGGUUUCUUGCUGGUGACUGGUCAUCUUUUGACGGGUGGAAUGCAAGAGAUAAUCCUGAACUGGCAGUGAUGAUGGUUGCAUUCUCAUUUUUUACUGUGAUCUAUUUAAUGAACCUGUUCAUUGGUUUGUUGGGUAAUGCAAUCAAUACGUAUCAUGAGCACGGGUCAUACUUGGCACAAAAAGCAGAGGUAUUAGCCGAAAUCGAGUUAUUUUAUCUACUUCCACAUCAACGAAGAUCAACAUGGUUUCCUGAUAUGAUAUAUUUCGAGGCUGAUACAAAAGAAUUACGGCAAGUCAUGCAAGAAAAUGUUCAAAAUAAUCCCAACUAUUUGCGUGAGCUUCCAAAGCACACCAUGAGAAUAUUGAAGAUUUUUGGAUAUCAAAUCAGUUGA